UCAGCCGCCGCGGCCGUGACCCCUGCGCUGCGCCCGGCGCCGCCACCUGAACUCGGCCCCCUAGAUGCCAACCUCAGUCAGGGCGGGAGGAGGGGAGGAAGACGGAAGAGCCAAGCCAACGGCAGAGACCCAGGUCCGCUCACACCUCCGCUACCGCCGCCAUCUUCCUGCCGGGCCACUAUUUACCCUCCCUCCCCUCGCCGCUCCCUCCCCUCCGUCCUCCCAUCCUCCCUCCACCCCGCCCCGGGCCCCUCCCGGCGGCUCACGACGCUCCCUACCUCCGGCCCUCCCGGGUGACGACGGGUAGGGAAGGAGGCGGAGCAGGGAGAGGAGAGAGCUGAACAGGGAAGCCGCUGCGCUGCAUUCUGGGAAGGCUGCCGCUCAGUCCGCCGCGCAGCCUCCUGGGAACUGUAGUCGCAAUCCUAGGCAACUGCUGUGAGUCCCGGGAGAGCGGAAGGCUGGUUGCCUGGGGGAACCUUCAGAGGGCGAGUGGGCUUCUAUUGACAGUUGCGUGGCCCCUCCGUGCAGCCGGGCUUCUGAUUCUGCCUUGCGUGUUUAUGACGAGCCCUCGGUCCCUGUGAGAACCCUCAGAUAAUAAAGAAGAAAUUACUUUGUUUACAUCAUGGAUAACACAAAGAAAAAGAAUAACAAUUACAAAGAUGGCCUUCUGCUUAGGAUGGGACUAAAUGAUAAUAAAGCAGGAAUGGAAGGAUUGGAUAAAGAGAAAAUUAACAAAAUUAUAAUGGAAGCCACAAAGGGGUCCAAAUUUUAUGGAAAUGAGCUCAAGAAGGAAAAGCAAGUCAAUCAACGGAUUGAAAAUAUGAUGCAACAGAAAGCUCAAAUUACCAGCCAGCAACUAAGGAAAGCACAGUUACAGGUUGACAGGUUUGCAAUGGAAUUAGAGCGGAACCGGGAUUUGAACAAUACCAUAGUUCACGUGGACAUGGAUGCUUUCUAUGCUGCUGUAGAAAUGAGGGACAACCCAGAAUUGAGGGAUAAACCCAUUGCUGUAGGAUCGAUGAGUAUGCUGUCUACUUCAAAUUACCAUGCAAGGAGGUUUGGUGUUCGUGCAGCCAUGCCAGGAUUUAUUGCUAAGAGACUCUGCCCACAACUUAUUAUAGUGCCCCCAAACUUUGACAAAUAUAGAGCCGUGAGUAAGGAGGUUAAGGAGAUACUUGCUGAAUAUGAUCCCAAUUUUAUGGCCAUGAGUCUGGAUGAAGCCUACUUGAAUAUAACACAGCACUUACAGGAAAGGCAAGACUGGCCUGAGGACAAAAGAAGAUAUUUCAUCAAAACGGGAAACUACAUAAAAAUUGAUAAUCCUGGAGAGGAAGCUAGCACCCCGAGUGAGCGUGAGCAGUCUGUCUCCCCACUGCUUUUUGAAGACAGCCCUCCUGAUUUGCAGCCCCAAGGAAAUCCUUUCCAGGUGAACUCUGAAGAACAAAACAACCCUCAAAUACUCGAGAAUUCAGUUGUUUUUGGAACAUCAGCUGAGGAAGCGGUAAAGGAAAUUCGCUUCAGAAUUGAACAAAAAACAACACUGACAGCCAGUGCAGGCAUUGCCCCCAAUACAAUGUUAGCAAAAGUGUGCAGUGACAAGAACAAGCCAAACGGACAGUGCCGAGUUCUCCCCAGCAGGCAGGCAGUCAUGGACUUCAUCAAGGACUUGCCUAUUAGAAAGGUCUCUGGAGUAGGGAAAGUCACGGAGAAAAUGUUGAUGGCUCUUGGAAUUGUUACCUGCACAGAGCUCUACCAGCAGAGAGCACUGCUCUCUCUCCUCUUCUCGGAGACGUCUUGGCAUUAUUUUCUUCACAUCGCCCUCGGGCUAGGUUCAACAGACCUGGAAAGGGAUGGAGAAAGGAAAAGUAUGAGCGUUGAAAGGACAUUUAGCGAGAUAAGUAAAACGGAAGAACAGUACAGCUUAUGCCAAGAACUAUGCACUGAGCUCGCCCACGAUCUCCAGAAGGAAGGACUUAAGGGAAGAACUGUCACCAUUAAGCUGAAGAAUGUGAACUUUGAAGUGAAAACUCGAGCGUCUACAGUUCUGUCCACCGUUUCUACUGCAGAAGAAAUAUUCGCCAUCGCUAAAGAGCUGCUAAGGACAGAAGUUAUUGCGUGUUCUCCACACCCCUUGCGGUUAAGGCUGAUGGGUGUUCGGAUAUCUACUUUUUCUAAUGAAGAUGACAAAAAACAGCAACAGAGGAGCAUCAUUGGAUUCUUACAAGCUGGAAACCAGGCUUUGUCAUCUACUGGGUAUAUUCUAGACAAAACUGACAAAACCAAGUUUGUGAAACCUUUAGAAGUGUCUCAUAAGAAGAGUUUCUUUGAUAAAAAGCGAUCAGAAAGGACCUUGAGCCAUCAAGACACACCCAGAUGUGAAACUGUGGCUCAGCAGGCUCUGCAGACCUUGCAGCCAUUCCAGGCACUGAAGAAGAUGAGAGAGAGUUUUGAAAUAUCAGAGAAUUCAAAUAACUGUCAGACAUUUCUGUGUCCAGUUUGCUUUAGGGAGCAGGAAGGUCUCAGUCUGGAAGCCUUUAACAAACAUGUAGAUGUGUGUCUUGAUGGAUCAUCCACCAGGAAGAACUUGAAAAUGCCCUUGUACUCAAAUGUUUCCUCUGCAGACCUUAGUCAGAAGGAAAAGGCUCACCAUUCUAGUCCACUGUGUGAGAAACAGGAAUAUAAGAAUGGAGAGGUCCCUUCAGUAGAUGGUAUAGACCUGCUAGAGACUGAAGACAGCUCAGUGGAAGCAGCAAGUGUGGACACUUUAGGGAAGGCUUGCAGCAGAGAGGAAUAUUCUGAUAUUCCAAACAGGUCCUGUCCCGUUUCACUGGCAGAGGGAACUGUCAGUGUAUUAAGUAGGCAAGCAUCCGCCCAGCCCUGUACAGAUGAGACAGGAACAGGACAAGCUCUAGUUUGCCCUGUUUGUAACCAAGAACAAAAGACUUCUGACCUUACCCUCUUCAAUGUGCAUGUGGACAUUUGCUUAAAUAAAGGCAUUAUCCAGGAACUGAGAAAUGGUGAAGUCAAUUCGGUUAACCAACCCAAAGAAAGCUCCCGAAGUACUGAUAGACUUCAGAAGGCUACAGGAAGGACAAAAAGACCGGGACUGAAAACGAAGUGCUCAACCGCGAAGAAAACAAAACCUCGCAGUCCCAGACACACCCUUGACAUGUUUUUUAAAUGAACUUUGGACGUUUUAGCAACAUUUUUAUUGAAAUUGUUGAUUUUGUAAUCAGUGUAUUCUUCCUCAUUUUAAAUUCAUUCAUUAAGGAAGACAAGUGCAAUACUCCCUCCCUACAUGACCUUUUUUAAGAAUGUAGACCAAAUAUUAACUUAUUUCUUUAUAUUUUCUUCAUUAGCCCAUAAGAAUUUAAUUUCCAGUGUAUAUCAGUUGGAAAUCAGUCAUGUUAGAAACAACUUGAAACAAAAGUAAGAAGGUCAGAAGGUGAUGUGCUAUUUUGUAAUGAGUAUAAAAUAUUCAUGAGGACUCUGAGUUGUGUGCGCCAACUUCAGCAUGAGCAUCUCAGUGCUUGGCCAGUGUGCUGCCAUCCGACACUGCUGUACUUGCUCAUGCUCUAAGCGAUCAGUGAGCAUUGUCGUUGCAUUCACCGGGCCGUCUGUGGAGAGCGUGGGACUAGCACGACCUUCAGGAAGGCAGCGCACAGCACUGCCUGUGUUUGGAGGGCUUGCUCACAUUUGUUUGCUUUUUCUUGUCAGUAAGCACUUGGUGCACAUGAAGAAAUGUUUAGUGAUUCAAAAUAGUCUUUCUUAAUUCAGUAUUUUAAACAGCAGCAUUUCAUUUCUGCUCAAUGAUAUUUGACUUUCUACAAAUCUGCAAUGAACGAGAUAAGUCGCUUGAUUUUCAUUCUGUUCUUUAAGAGAAAAUGUGCAGCUCAGGAGAUGAAUGCCUACCGAAGCCUACCGAAGCCUUACCUCAAUUCCAUAUCUGCCACCUCUCUGUUAAGAUGUAUGCAGGAAAGACUUGGAGCCAUUAGUUACUCCAAACACAGAUACCCACAAGGUCUUAUCAAAAAGCCCUUCCUGCUACUGCUUUAACAACCAAAUCCUGCUCAAUGGUGGCGGCGGUGCACGCCGUUAGUGCCAGCACUGGGAGGCAGAAGCAGGCAGAUCUCUGUUUCAGGCCAGUGUGGUCUACAAAGUGAGUUCUAAGAAAGCCCGAGCUACACAGAGAAAGUCUCUCUAAAGAAACCAAAAGAAAAAAGAACUGCAUAUUUUUAUAGUUUUGUCUUUGCAUAUUGUAAUGCAUUUGCAGUAGACAGAGAAAUAUUUGAGGUACAACCUCCUUGGGCUCGUUUGCCACAGACUUACUGGAUUAUGAGGCGGCUUAAAGAUGGGCUGAAAGUUUGCUGACAUACCACUCCCUUACCUGAUACCACAGACCAUGACAGUUCCGAAGCUGGGUGUUUGGUUAUUGAUUGUGAUUUACCUAUAUGAAUUAUUUAUAAAUUUGAAUUCAAUGAAACUGAUUUAAUGUAUUGAAAAGUAGAUAUUACUUUAUUAUUUUCUCCCAUCUGAAAUUUAUUGUUGUUGUUUUGACAGUAAGAAAUUAUUUUCACUUAGAUGCCCCGUUUAUUUGAAUGCUAUCAUAUAUAUUUAAUAACUUAAAAUUUUAAAAAUUUUUGAGAAUUUCUUACAUGCAUACUGUAUUUACAUUAUUUUCUUUUAUUUUUUCUUCCAACUUCUCCCAUGUCCCUUCAAUCCCUCUCAAAAUGAUGACCUCUGUAAAUUAUUGUUAUAUAUAUAUAUAUGCGCACACAUAGUUACCUAUAUAUAACCUGCUGAAUGCAUUGAAUGUAGCUCAUAUGUAUGUGUGUUUAGGGCUGACCACUUACCGGGGGCUUCCUGGAGAAGACCGAUCUCCCUUUCUCAGCUGUCAGCUGUAGCUCUUCAUCUAGGAGCCCCCUCCGUGCUGGCAUGUGUAACUAGUGUUGUCAUUGUGUGGGUCUUGUUUGAGUGACUCUGCUGUUGAAAUUUUGUGGGUAUAACCCACUUGUCAUAUGUAAAAGACACUAUCUCAGCAGAAUUCCAGCCCCCUGGCUCUUAGAAUCUUCCCGCCCCAUCUUCCAUGAUGUCCCUGAGCCUUAGUAUCAGGAGCUGUGGUGUAUGACAUCAGCUGGGCUCUCAUAUUCCCUUCUCAGCAGGAGAAUCCAGAGCUUCUUACAGAAAUUGCUGCUUCCUCGCCAGAAGCCUCCUAAGCCAGGAAGCUCUGUCUUAACGUCUCCAGCCCCAUGCAAAAGCCACAUCUCUCACAUUCCUUUGUGUGUCUUCCCAACUUUGAAUCAUACCUUGACCUCAUUACACUAUUCAGACCAUCUUUUUCCAUCCUCUAGUGAGUGAAAACUAGAAACAAAUAAAAAUGAAACUUUAUAUGGUCAGUGUGUUUGCCUACAUUUUUUUAAGAGAAAAUUUAUUUU